GCGUCAUCAGCGAGCCACCACCAACGCCCUCGUGCCUCAACCAGGUAGAUCGUUUGUAGUAGUGGUGGUCUUUCCGAGACCUGACGUGCCGACGCAUUGAUUGAUCGUCUUGUUCCCAAACAACCGGGUUUGUUUAUUUACCAUUUCAGUCCAUCAUUCGGUGGCUGUUACAAUCCUCCUUGAACGGAAAUUCCGCCCAGCACACUCCAGCAGGCACCCCCAGCUAGGACCCAUCAAAAACCAGUCGCACUGCAGGCACGUCACUGCGCUCAGCUGCUUGCCUGGCCACCCAUCGCCAGACCGAUACCAUUGAUAUCGCGUGACUUGCCGACCUACCCGCCUGUCUCGGUCACCUGAGUCUCACACUAUCCAGUCCACACCAUACCCAGACACAACAUGGCGCAUCCUGCGCAGGAUGCAGUUCCUCCGGCGGCGCCGGGAGGGCCCGCGCCGGUCGUGAUGCCCGAGGCAAACGGCGUAGGGCUGGCGGCGCAGCAGCCGCAGAACAACGGCAUCAGCGAGGACGAGAUCGCGCUCUACGACCGCCAGAUCAGGCUCUGGGGCAUGCAGGCACAGGAGAAGAUCCGGUCCGCCAACGUGCUGCUCAUUACCAUGAAGGCGCUGGCCAACGAGAUCGCCAAGAACCUGGUGCUGGCCGGCAUCAACUCCCUGACCAUCCUGGACCCGGAGCCCGUCACGGCCGCCGACUUUGGCGCCCAGUUCCUGCUGGACGAGGACGAGGCUCGCGUCGGCAUGAACCGCGCCGAGGCGGCCAGCGUCAACCUGCGCAAGCUCAACCCGCGUGUCAACGUCGUGGUCGACACGGACCACAUCUGCUCAAAGGGUCCCAGCUUCUUCGCAGCCUUCAACGUCGUCGUCGCCACCGACCUCGGCCCCCAGAACAUGGUCCUGGUCAACACGGCUACCCGCCUGAACAACAGGCCCUUCUACGCCGCCGCCACGCACGGCCUGUACGGCUACAUCUUCGCCGACCUGAUCGAGCACGACUUCGUCGUCGAGCGCGACGUCUCGAGGCCCACGGAGCUGGGCGCCGAGACGAGGACGCGCGCCAUCGUGGGCGUGACGGUGCGCGACGACGAGGCCGGCAAGAAGGUCGAGCGUGUCACCAAGCGCGAGCUCUACUCCACCUGGACCCUGGCCGACGCCGCCACGCUGCCCGAGGCCCACCGGCGCUCGCCGCGCCGCCUGCGCGCCGUCACCCCGGCCCUCUCGUGCCUGCGCGCCCUCUUCGAGUUCGUGCAGGAGCGCGGCCGCCUGCCCGCCACGGUGCCCGCCCACGCACGCGCCGACCUCGAGCGCUUCACGCUCCUGGCCAACGACAAGCACAAUCAUCUCGGCCUCCCCACCGCCACCCUGCGGUCCGAGUUCCUGCGCAGCUUCCUGCAGAACCUGGGCGCCGAGAUCGCCCCCGUGACCGCCAUCCUGGGCGGCCAGCUGGCCCAGGACGUCAUCAACGUCCUCGGCGGCACCCAGCAGCCCAUCCAGAACACGGUCAUCUUUGACGGCAACACCAUGGAGGCCAGCAUGUUCGCCCUCCACCCGGACGACGAGGUUCUAGGCAGCGCCCAGCUAGUCUCGUCGUCGGCCGCCGACGUCCAGCUCGCCGUCGCCACCGCCUCCACCGUCGUCCCCGUCCUCGGCCCGGACGGCCAGAUGAUGACGGAUGUCAUUGGCAUGGCGCCCAUGGGCAUUCCCCCCGUCGGUAUGCUGCAGCAAUAGCCUUUUCUUAAAGCAACCUGCUUGACGGGUAGGGAAAGUAGAAGAGGAAUCUAUUACCCAUACACGGCGUAGCAUGGUUGGUUUCUCUGACACCAUCUUUAAGCCCAAGGGGUUUGUCGACAAGGCCAUCUUGCGACGUGGAUGAUUUGGCAGCUAUUUCGUGCAAUAUACGCAUUGGCCUGCGCUAUGGCCGGCCUUGGCCUCGGGGGCUGUGCUGCGGGAGGGAAGAAAACAACAGAACAUGCGUUUUUCUUCUUUCCUUUGGGCCAAUCUCCGGUCGGUCUCCUCGGCAGCUGCUCGAGGCGGGAAACCGAGCACGGUGCAGAAUUCGGGUGGACAUGGCGAAAAAAAAUACGUGCAUGAAAUAACCUGGAAUUAUUAGAGACCCAUAUAGCCACGAGAACGAUUCGUUGCGGUCUGGAGAUACCCUUUAAUCUCAACAUUCUAGCACGAAACACCAAGGACCUGUAACAUAUGGCGGCACGUCGCUGUUGA